AUGCUUGACAUUGCUAUUUUGUAUGAGAAUGUAUUUAGCCGGUUAAGGCUACGUGACACUCGAUAUGUUUGUGUUCCAACUAGUUCACAAUGGAAAUUUGCAAAAGAUGUUUGUGAAAGAUUGGAGUUGUUCAAUAAAAUCACUGAAAUCAUUUAUGGCACUAAGUAUCCCACUGCUAACAUGUUUUUUCCUGAAAUUUGUAAGAUUAAAUUGGCAAUAUCUGAUUGGGUUAACUCUUCCAAUUUAUCGAUCAAAGAAGUGGCUAAUGAUGGUUUAGAUGAUUAUGAUGCAUAUGUUCGAAAGAAGAAAAGAGCAAGAACUUCAUAUGUCAAAACAGAAUUGGAUCAUUAUUUGGAAGAGGAAGUUUUACCGCAAAGUUCUAAUUUUGAUAUUCUAUUGUGGUGGAAGUUAAAUGGCAUCAAAUAUCCAACACUCCGAGCAAUUGCAAAAGAUAUUUUAGCAAUUCUUAUUUCUACAAUAGCUUCAGAAUCCGCAUUCAAUACUAGCGGUCAUAUUUUAAGCCCGCAUCGCAAUCGACUUCAUUGGACAACUUUAGAGGCUUUGAUGUGUGCUAAAAGUUGGUUAUGGAGUAUUGAAAAUAGUGGUGGUAUGAGUUCUAAGUUAAGCAAUGACUACACUACUUUGCUCGAUGAAAUAAAGCCCGAUGAAGAAGGUAAAAUUUUCCUUUGA